AAUGUUCCUCCCCGACGGUAUUUUGCGUUUGGACUUAAGACGUUUAUCCGGCGUUGAAACUUUUCUUUUUGAAACUGUUGUUUGGUUUUAUCCUUGAAAGUAAUGGCGCAACCGGCUGCCAACAAAGAUAACAUCAGAGCUGGAUGCAAGAAAUGUGGAUACCCGGGCCAUUUGACGUUUGAGUGCCGGAAUUUUGUCCGAGUUGACCCCCAGAAAGACAUCGUCCUGGACGUAAGCAGCACCAGCAGCGAGGAAAGUGAGGACGAUGAACCGGUUUCUCAGCACAGUCAGAAACUGGGGCGGAGUGGUCAGCGUCGUGAAGGUCAGGUGCCAUCUGAUUCUCGUUUUAACGAAGAUAGAAAAAAGAAACAAAAACGGAGGAAGAGCAAAGACAGGAAGUCAAGAAAAAGAUCCCAUUCUUCAUCGGGGGAUGAGGAGACAAAAAAGAGAAAAAAGCAGAGCCGGUCAAGCUCUUCAUCGGAUGAGAAAGAGAAGAGGACAAAAAAGAAGCAAAGCCACAAGAAGAAAAGCAAAAAGAACAAAAAGGAGCACGGGAAGCAUCACAAAAAGAGAGACAAGAAAAGGAAGCAGAAAUCCUCCUCCUCCUCUUCCUCUUCUAGCUCAAGUGAUUCUUCAGAAAGUGACUGAACCAAGAAACUGCAGCUUCUGGAYGUGUUUAUUCAGAAGUUCUGAUAUAUAUUUUUUAUUUUUAAUGGAGCUUCUCAUCAAAGUCAGCUUUUAUCACAAAGGUAAAUGGACUUGGUAUAAACAGAAUGUUAGUUUCUCUGUGUGCUGUAGAGUUACUGGCAAACGUGGCUAAAAAAAACAGAUGGUAAAAAUGUGAUGAGCUGAGCAGCAUCUUGUGAAAAAAAUGUGCUUUUCUUAGUUUAUACUCCUUAAUAUGUUAAAAAAUGGGAACAAUUUGAAAGGUCAAAUAUGGAUAUCAGACUCUUCAAUUCAUGUUUUUUCAUAAUUUGUGUUUGCCAUUCUCUAGUACUUAUCAGUUUUUGUUAUAACUUACAAUGCAAGUUGAACUUAUAACGUUAGGGGUUUCAUCAUUGGUAGUUGACAGGAACUGUUUUUACUGUCUGUUUUUAGGGAUUGCCAAUUAUAAUGGGAUACUUUGUUUUUUAUUUUUUCCUAUAAAUUUGUUCUGUCAAUAUAAGGAUAUUUGAAGUAUUUUUAAAAUAAAUGUCUCAGUCAGUCCCUUUUA